AUGCGCGCGCGAGUGUUUCUGCAAGCGUUGCUUUGGCUGCCGCUGGCUCCUUUGUUGCUGCUCCUGUCGCUGCUCCUGUCGCAACGAAACAUGAUGCUAGCUCUCGUUCUAGCUGUGGUGUUGGUUCAUCAGGCAGCCGCCGAGUGUAAGAAUUGUGUAACAUUAGGUAAAGAUGAAAAAGCUAUGUUCCGAGCGCAUUCCGAAGCUUGUCUCGCGCAGUCCCAAGUGGACCCUAAGCUCGUGGACAGUCUCUUGCGCGGCGAACUGAUAGACGACCCCGCGCUGAAGAAACACGUCUACUGCGUACUGCUCAAAUGUAAAGUUAUUAGUAAAGACGGGAAGCUCCAAAAAGCUGUGGUGCUUGGGAAGAUGGCCCAUCGAGCCGACGGGAAGAAUGUUACUAAGGUGUUAGAGAGAUGCGCGGAUCAAGGCGGACAGACUCCGGAAGAGCUCGCGUGGAACUUGUUCCGCUGCGGGUAUGACAAAAAGGCAGUACUCUUCGACUACAUGCCCAUUAAACCUUCCGCCACAGGCGACAACGAUGCU